AUGAAUAAAUGUAUUAGACGAAACAUAGAACAAGUUAGGCUCAGCCUAUGUUUGGUAUUAUUCCAAAAUCACAGUGACACUUCACUUUUCAUAGAACCUAGCAUUAGUGCUUCCGAAAAACACGGUGUGUGUAGCUUAAAACAUGCGGUAGCGGCAGCUGGCAGAGUUUCCAAACACACUCAGACAUGUGCAUGCUUCCGGGUCAACGUCUAUUUAUGCAAAACAAUAGUCUUUACAACUUCCAAGAACAUCUUCCGGGUCGACGUCUUCAAAAGCAUUAAUGAGUGUGUCAUCCUGGCCCAUGGCAGUUAA